GGUUGGAUGAGUAGUCUCGCGAGAGCAGUCCAAACCUGCACCGUGGAAUGUUUCUCAACUUCUCACUGUUCCUCUCCAACAGUUUACAACCGUUAUAAGUAACAAACCUACCAGGUAACACGGCGCCUCUCCCGGUUCAGUUUAAAUGAAAGCUGUAAUUCUCGCCGCUGGGUACGGAACCAGGCUCCAGAGGGAUGUGGUGGCCGACAGCAGCGGGAGGUUCGCUCACCUGGCUGGCACUGCCAAGCCGCUACUGCCGGUGGGACACUGUGCUUUGAUAUCCCAUUGGGUCCAUGCCCUGACCGCCUCUGACGCUGUGGACUCUAUUUAUGUUGUUACUAACGCUCUUUACCAUGCUGCAUUUGAAGAGUGGGCUGCAGGUUUCACAGAUGUCAAGAUUCUCAGCGAUCAGACAAGAAACAAUGAUGAGCGUCUUGGUGCUGUGGCCUGCCUGCAGCUUGCAGUAAAGCACUUCAAGAUAGCUGACCAUGUUGUAGUUAUUGGAGGUGAUACACUCUUCAAAGAAGAUUUUAGCCUCAGUAAAGUUAAAGAGAGGUUUUCCGACCUCAGAGCGAAGCAUGAGGACAGCUGUCUAGUGCUCUCGUACCAGUGCAAAGAUGAAGAAACUCAUAAAUACGGGAUACUGGAAGUAGACAAUGAUCUGUGUGUCCUCUGUAUGAAGGAGAAACCUCUUCCUUCUGAGACAAAGUCAAGGAGAGCAUGUCCUUGUUUCUAUAUGUUUUCAAAGAAAAGCCUUCCUCUGCUGGAUACCUUCCUUGAGGAAAAGAAGGAAGCUCCUAUUGAAGAGAAAGAUGCCCCAGGAAACUUUGUGUCUUGGCUUAUUCCAAGGAAGCCAGUGUACGUUCAUCAGAUUUCUGGGCGUUUUGAUGUUGGAAACCUGCCAUCCUAUAUUGAAUGUGACCUUUACUUCAGAGAAAAACUUCAAGAUGUCAAGUCGUACAUGGUGUAGAGGAAACAGAAAUGGAUAAAAACACCAUAUUUAUUAUGCCAUGUAAAAAAAAAAAAAAAAAAAAAA